CGACAGACGAGUGAGUCCGUUUCUGUCCGGGUGAGCUGCUUGACGUGUGUAUCCCACCCACCCACUUUCACGCCACGACAAGCCUCCCUCCCCGUGGAUUUAACGCAUCAGGCGUCGGAGAGAAGAACCUCCGCCCUAUGUGAGCAAAAGAAGAGGACACAGCCACGAGAAGAAGCGCAAUGGGAGCUUUCAGGGUGCUACUGGGGACUUUACACUACGUGGGGCUGUGCGUGUCCACCAGACACACUGGACACGGACACACGGAGAACCACAUCAGCGGUCACGCCAUGUUUACGGAGGUGCCUCAUGAUGUAACCGCUCAGAGGGGUCAGGAUGUGGAGAUGGCCUGCUCGUUCAGGGGGGCAGGCAUGCCCUCCUACUCUCUCGAGAUCCAGUGGUGGUACAUCCGCAACCAUAUGGACUGGACUGACAGACAAUCGUGGAAAACCAAUGAGGUAUCUCUGGAGGAGCUGCCAAAGGAUGCAACAAAGAUAAGCGUAGUGAAGGUUGUGGGAAGUAACAUCUCUCACAAGCUCCGCCUCUCCCGCAUCAAGUCGUCUGACGAGGGCACUUAUGAAUGCCGAGUCAUUGACUUCAGUGACGAAGAAGGGGCGCGCCACCAUCGCGUGCGCGCUUACUUGCAGGUAGUAGCCGAGAGCGACAUCAUCACCAGUAACCAGUAUGACAACUUCCAGGGGUUGGAUGAUACCAAGGGCGAUUUGGGGUUCGAGCAUGCUCACAGUCACCCUCAAAAUGAGGGGCGCUCUCAGAAGCACAGCAAGCGGCUUUCCUCCGCCACGCAGCACAGCCACCCCGACGACAGUGAUCAGCACCAAGCAGGCAGAGAGCUGAGGAAGAGAGAUGUGGACAGUAACCAUAGCAACAAUGACUGCUCCAAUGAGCCCAGCUGUGUGCUGUAAUCUGAUUACAUCUGAAAAAAUAAAGCACAGAUUACAAAUUACGACGUGCAUAAAAGAUACACUUCCCAAACAGUGCCAAACCCACUAUCUCAUAUAAAUGUUAAAUACGGCUUAUUGCGAGCUCAGUGAUGGAAAUGUGUAGCUUUACCUUUUAAUAUUUAUUUGAUGUUUUUGCUCACUCUCAGUCGCUGAUGACAUCAUGGUAAUCACAAGAGAAUCUGAUGUGCCAUUUUUCUAAAACGACCAAUUUGACUUCAUUUUACACUACAUAAAAUGGGCACUUGCAACCCUUAGUUGCAAAAAAGAGAUAGAGAGCAGGCAAAUUGAAAAGAAAAAGUAGAAAUGUUACUUAGCAGGAUUGUUGGUUCAUUAAGGAUGAUGUAAAAGUGCAAAUGGACAGAGAAUGCCAUUUUGAUUGCGGUGUAAAAAACUUUGUAAAUUUCAAGGCAUCAAGCUUAAACUAUUUCAUUGUAUUGUAUUCUCCCUCAAAUUAAAAAUAGAAGUAAAAGCAAAUCGGUGUUUUUUUCGCUUGCUUUGUUAACUAACAUUGUUUCCAUAAACAUCAUUAAUCUAUAUUUUAAAGUUGUUCCAUUUUAAACUUGAACUAAAGUUGUGUUUUUUACAGUAUGUAGGGUGGCCUGCUCUAGCCAUUGGAUUGCAUCGACAUUUAAUAGGUUUGUUCAUGACCCAUAAGCAAACUUUGUGGAUAGCACUUUUUAAUGCAUGAUCCUGCUCAUGAACUCACUUACCAUCUUACAGACAAGUUAUCAAAACAACCUCUCGCAAGUCAUGCAUGGUAGAUGCUAAAUGUCUGUCCGUCCAUCCAUCAGCAUAUCCCAGCUGACUUUGGGCGAGAUGCAGAGUAACCCCGGGAUUGAAAUGCAGCCAAUCACAGGCUACUUUGAAAUAGUUCUUGUGUAAUUCUGCUACCAAACUAAGCAAGCGACAGUGAUUUGGCUGCAAUGGGAAACACAAAUGUAUUUAUUGCCUUUCUUAACAUCAUAGGUAAACUCCUGCUUUCAUUCAGUGAUUGUCAUCAGUGAAUCCAGUCUGAGCUAUUAUAUUCAAGAAUGGAAGAAAAGUCAAGUUGGCUAAUCUACAUGGAUCUUUCCUAGUAAAUAUAUACUGUACAUACACAUACAAAAUUAUGAAUGUGCUCUUUGUUUAGGAGACUUUCUUAGAAGAAAUACAAUCUUGGUAUAUUCAUCCUUGUAUUUUAAUAAUAAUAAUGUUCUUUUGCUUAUCAGCCGUUAGAAAAGCCUCAAUCCUUUCAACUGUAAGCCUCUAAUGUACUUUGUAUAUGACACUGUAUAAUACGACAUGAAGUGAAUGCAUGAAGUUCCUUUUUUUCCAAAGAGGUGUUAUAAAAAGAUGUCGCAUUACACGCCCCUUUUUUAAAUAUAAUUUGGUUGUUAAAUGAUGUAAUUUCUUCUGUGUUUUCUGUUCAUUUCAUUUCUUUCUUAUUUUCCACUGCUUUUCCAAAAGUGCUGUACAGAAAGAUGAAUGCCUCUUUCAGAAACCUAUCUUAGUAUUUACCUAUCUGCCAAUUUCCAAGAGACUGGUUCACGAUUCUGAGAUAUCGGCAAUGGCUUAAGAGAUUUCAUUUCAUCGCUGCCAUUUUUGUAACCACUAAUAAUCUUGUGUACAUGCUUGAAUGGAGCCCAGGCCUCAGCCCAUGUGGAUCCUGCUUCCCUCCAAAGGGAAACAAAGGGGGACAGAGUGAAUAUUUGGGAUGAUGCGGAUGAAUAAGCAUGCGACCUAUUUUGCCUCAAAGCUGUUGUGGAAAGUUUUGUGCUAUCCACAAGAACAACAGCAGUCUCUGAAAAUCACUCAAUCAAGAAUCUUGCAGACUCUUUCCACCGGUUACUAUGAUUUGAAGACGAGUCAAGAAAACAUGAACAUGUAAAUUGCUCUGUGCACAGUUUGAGCUCAUGCUAAUGUGUAUGCCUCACAGAAAAUAAA